AUGUUUCUUGGAGUUUUUAGCUACAUCAGCGAUAUUACCUCUGAAGAGUCGCGAACAUUCAGAAAAAUGGGUUACUAUGGAAUUUUCUCGAUGACAGCCAUACUAUUUGUUCUGGUUCUUACAUAUGGAUGUUUCUGCUUAAAAGAACCCGAUGAAUGGCUACGGGAAAAAGGUCUUCCAGUGGUAGACCGCACAGGGACGCCCAAAGUGAGUUUCUUUAAUAUAUCACACGUGUCAGAUACUGUGGCAGUGGCAACCAGGAAACGACCAUCUAAUAGGCGUGUAAAAGUGAUCCUGACGCUUUUUAGUGUCUUCAUUUUAUAUGGACCAUCCAUGUCUGAACAUAUGAUAUUCUAUCUGUUCGUGCGCAAUAGGCUGAACUGGGAUAUGGUCAAGUACGGUCUCUUCACGAGCUACUCAAUUAUUCUUCAUUCAUUUGGUGCAAUGUUCUCAAUAACGGUACUGAGCAAACGGCUUCAGAUCGAUGACUCUUUCCUUUGCCUCAUAUCAAUCGCCAGCAAGUUCGUUGGAUCUAUUUGGACGGCUUUUGUACAAACAGACAUAGAAAUGUACCUAGUGCCUGUAGCCGAGAUACUGAAUGCCACCACGUUUACAUCUCUGCGUUCAAUUAUAUCGAAAUUAGUAGAUAAACAGGAGACUGCUAAAGUGAACUCAUUGUUUUCUCUAACUGAGACGCUUGCCUCUCUCGUGUUCCAUCCAUUCUACUCCUGGAUGUACAUGAAGACGCUUUAUGCACUUCCCGGGGCGGUGUUCCUCAUUAGUGCAGCACUUAUUGUUCCCGCCGCUUUUAUUCUCACGUCAUUCUUCAUUCAACACAGGAAAGAACUUAGAAAUGCUAGAAAGGCAGCUUUGGAAGCUGAAGAAAAAAGAGAUGCCACUAACUGUAUAGCAUCCAAAAGCAAUUAUUUACCGGAAACUAUAAAACGGAUAGAAACUGAAGAACACAAUGGAAAAAUA